UCGAAUAUAAUAAAAUAUAAUUUUGAAAAUAUUUACUGCCUCUUGCGAUGUAGUAGCGGUAUACUUCCGGUGAAUAUAUAUAUUGAUAUUCCGGCAAAAUGGCGGCUGUGAGAACCUGUAGUCUGGACUAUGUCCCUGAGAAUAUUUUAAUAGAAAUUUUAUCCUACUUAAAUGUCCGGGAACUCAUUCGCAAUGGAAGAGUAUGUAAGCGUUGGAGAGGUUUAAUAAAAGACCAGAGACUCUGGAGAACCGUGGACCUUUCCUCGUGGAAACGGGUGACCUCACGGAUGCUCUGGACAUUAUUGCGACGAUAUUUGGGACGUGGUGUUUGUUCUCUGCACCUGCGUGGGUUGCUACAGAGUGCACGUGGAGGGUCAUUUCUGUCUGAGCCGUGGCUGAAGACUCUGAGCACAAAAUGCCCUCGGCUCCACAGACUCACUCUGAGUCACACGGACUUGCGUGGAUUGCACAGCUGCUCUUUAUUACCUCCUAGUUUACAGGUGCUAGAACUGCGAAGCUGUGAACUCCCACCUGGCUUCUUUACUCAGAAUCCUUCAAAGCAAGCGCAAACUGACAAAAAUUGCUCAGGAAAAGAGUCUCAGACUUCUUCCUCCCUGUCUAGUUGCGUUAUUGAAGCACUAAUACUAGACAACGUGCCAUCAUUCACAGACCAGCACCUAAAAAGUUUGAGUUCAUGGGAACGCCUGUACCGCCUAGAGCUGCGAGACGUCCUACGUGUCACUGUGGCAGGACUAAAAGGUUGCGCUCCACCUGGCCCACAUGCAUUAACACACCUCACACACUUGGAGCUGGAGGGGUUUAGCCGACAGCAGAUGGCAGCUCUGGGCCUAGCUGAGGGUUGGGUAGGGCUGGAACGACUAACGCUCGGUGGACGAGAGGUCGCGCCUGGUCUGCUUUGCCUCAACCGCCUAGUCGGGCUGCGCUGCCUGCGCCUGCGUGGCUGCAGAGUCACUGAGGCUUUGGUGUUGCGCAGCUGCAGUGGGCUUAAAGAGCUGCGCACGCUUGAGUUCUUGCAAGUGGAGUUUGCAAUGGAGGCAGAGAGAAAAGACAGCGAGAAGGAUGAAAGAAGUGAAAAUGACCCGAUGCCUGGGCUCAGACAAGCGCUGUCCAAUCUGCUGCCCAAGUGCAGUGUUCUGUUCACACAGUGUACCGUUAUAGCUAAUAGUAUGGACUGAUACGCGUGAUAAAUUACUGUUAUUAUAAUCAUGACAAGAUCAAAAUAUGUUUUAUAAAUUAUCAGCAAGAUUUUUAUAAUAAAGACCAAACACAUUGUACAAGGGUUACAGACUCAUCAGCCUAGCAACAAGUAGCCAUUUGGAUGCUAGGUUAAUUUGGACCAAUCACAGAAAGCCUACUAACAACCAUCGUGUUUGUAAGGGGAAAUCUGCCUGGCAACAAGUAGCUAAUGGGAUGCUAGCAAUAUCCACUGUUAGCAAAAGAGUAUUUUUGGUGAUUGUUAAAUGAAUUGGUUUCUUACUUUUUUAACAUCACACUGCUGUUUUUUUUUGUGUUUUGUGCUGCUUUCAGCUUGUCAGUGGACAUUAAAAGAAAAACAUUAAUACGAAGUACUAUAAAUGGAAAAUUGUACUGCAAUUAAAAGUAAAAUUAUAUAUAUAUAUAUAUAUAUAUAUAUAUAUAUAUAUAUAUAUAUAUAUAUAUAAUCUGUGCGUGUAUACACAGUUUAUCUGUUUUACUUCCUUAGUUUGGAACUGGUGGAAUUGUACAUUAGAAGGUAGAAGGUAUUCAGAUGAUAAUACAGUUCCAGUUAAAAACACAUGGCAGAAGUUUACC